AUGUUACAACAAGAUAGAUCUGUAACUCAAGAAACUACAACACCCUAUAAUUACCCGAAGAAGGUGUAUUGCGGAAAGACUCUGGAGAAUUUGCAAUAUGGAACCAAUGAAGUCACAACUACAAGGUAUAACUGGUUGAACGUGGUUCCUCUCUAUUUAUGGGAUGUAUUCAACCCAAAGCACAAAUUAGCAAAUGUUUUCUUCUUGAUCGUGUCCAUCUUGCAAUGUAUUCCUUCGAUUUCGCUGACAAAUGGAUUACCGAGCAGUCUUCCGUCUCUGCUAACAAUUAUCGGCGCAGAGGCCGUCCACAUGGGGAUUGUGGAGGCAAAGCGCAGAAAAAGUGACAGGGAGUGUAACAGUCGCCCAGUGAUGGUGUGGAGCAGAGAGAAUAGCAAAUGGGAAGAAAGACAGUGGAAAGAUGUGCUUGCAGGAGACAUCAUCAAAGUAUUUAAAAACGAAGACGUUCCUUGCGACCUUGUGAUCCUAUCAACAAAUACCUGUAAUAGUUCUGAUCCCUGCUUUAUCACAACCACAAACAUUGACGGAGAAACGGACAUUAAGAAUCGCUUACCACUUCAAGUAUCUGCCAGUCUAUCGAUCCCAGAAUUCCUCAACGAGUCACCUCUUAUCUUCUGCGAGAACGAAAACGCCAACACUUCAUCAUUCGAUGGAAUCAUUCGUUUGAGCAGCGGAGCUUCGGAGCACAUAGGGAUCGGAUCUGUGAUACUUCGCGGAUGCCGCGUGGUCUUCACGAAUUGGGUGAUUGGUUGUGCCAUUGCUGUAGGUAGUAACACAAAAAUCGAGUUCUCGACCCGGAAUCGGCCAGUCAAGAAGGAAUCACAAACACUACAGCUUCUAAAUCAGUGCAACAUCUAUCUCAUUGCUUUGCUGCUCUUUAUUUGCACCGUUAGUUCGGUCAUGUCGACUCUGUGGGAUCAAAAGCCACACGGUAAUAUCGAUGUCAGUCAUGACAAUCUUAUAUUGCAUUUCAUUCAAACAUUUUUCGUCUAUUUUCAGCUGUGCUAUCAGAUUGUGCCAGCCUCUCUCUAUGUUUGCGUUGAAAUUGCGUUUCUUCUUCAAUCCUUUUUCAUUGAGAAUGAUCUUGAGUGUUUUGACGAACAAUCCGAGCACAUUCACGUUCGGAACGCAGGAGUACUGGAUGAGCUCGGCCAUAUUACACAUAUUCUUUCCGACAAAACUGGAACCAUCACAGAGAACAAUCUGUGUGUUGUUGAGUUUUGCACCCGAGAAACCUCUUACGGAAUGGAUUCUUCAGUGAGUUCAUCGCUCCCUUCCGUCAAACCAUUACUCCUCAACAUGAUUUUGAAUCAUUCUGCACUUUCCAUUACCAAUCCCUCCGUUCAUGACUCCAAUGCAUUUUUGGACUGUCUUUCGGUGGGACAAAGCCGAUCUUUUUCGAAGUGUGAGUCAUCCAUUUUGAAAAUCGAACCUUCAUUUUCAAAGUCUUUCUCAGAAAUACGAAUCUGCUCAUUUGAUGAAGAGCUGAGAAUGCAAGAAAUGUCAUUACUUCCAUCGAAGAGCUGUGAUUCAAAUACUCAAGUGUUCUGUUCCUCUCAGGAUGAACGAGUUUCGAUUGCAUGA